CGCUCUAUGGCAUGGGCGGAUAGAGCGGCCCCGACGAGGUGCCCUUCCUUCCCGAACAGCCAUAGAGAGGCAACGGCGGGCCCCCGUAGGGCAGCUCACUAUUUGUCAAGGAACGAAGCGGGUAUACGGCCUGGAGCGAGCAGGGCAGGUGGAUGUAGCUUUAUUUGGCAGGGUGAGGUGCUACCGAGGCCCCGCCACCCCAGGAGGGGUCACCGAGCUGACCGGCACCGGGGGCGCAGCCGGUGCCGCGCAGGCCUCCGCGCCUGCCCUCCUCCGUCACUCAGGAGAUUGAUGGCGGUGCUGGCCAAUAGAACGGCGAGUGGCGUGGGCGCCGCCAAUGGUCGCGGGGCGGGGGCGGGACGCUGGCCGCGGCGGCGCAGCCAUGCUCCGCCGGUCGCUCUGGCUCUGCAUCUGCCUCUGCUCCUGCCCGGCCCGCGGUUUACGCAUCCAUGAAUACUUGUAUUUCCAAGUGCUGAGCCCUGGAGACAUCCGCUACAUCUUCACCGCCACGCCAGCCAAGGAUUUUGGUGGUGUGUUUAAUACAAGGUAUGACCAGAUCCACCUGGUGCCGGCGGAUCCCCCCGAAGCCUGUGGAGAGCUGAAUAAUGGAGUCUUCAUCCAGGACCAGAUCGCCUUGGUGGAGAGGGGGGGUUGCUCAUUCCUGUCAAAGACACGUGUGAUCCAGGAGAAUGGCGGACGUGCGGUGAUUAUUGCAGAUAAUGCGUACGAUAACGACAGCUUCUACAUCGAGAUGAUCCAGGACAGCACCAGACGGACAGCCGACAUCCCUGCGCUCUUCCUGCUGGGCAGGGACGGGUACAUGAUCAGACGCUCGCUGGAGCAGCACGGACUCCCCUGGGCUGUCAUCUCCAUUCCCGUCAACGUCACCAGCAUCCCCACGUACGAAAUGAUGCAGCCCCCCUGGACCUUCUGGUAGCAGCAGGAGUCUGCAAUGGAUCAAGGACUUCUCGGUGGAUCCCAGGAGCUUGGCCUAGGGACCAGGUUUGAGAGGAUCCCAACACGCUCCGGAGAUCCCACUGCCCAGCCUCGCCGGAUUCAGCAAACGACAUCUUUUCUGCUGCUGCCGGCGCAUGGCUGAAGGGCAAACGCCGGCACCUGCAGCGGGAACCUUGAGCCUGGCACCGAGCACCCUUUGUAGUGACUUUCUGGGAGGGAGGCGCGAUGGUCCAGAGCAGGCCAGCCCUUCCCUGAGAAACAUCUUAAUGACGCGUAAGAUGCCACCGCUUAAUUUGUGCUGCUGAUUUGGAGGGACGCAGGGUUACAUGGGUGAGGUCUGGUGGGGAUGGGAGGGAGAGGAAGAUACAGGCUUGGUCUGUCCUAGCAGGGCUCGCCCAACAGCUGUGUAUUUUUGUCUAAGCUAAUGAAGUCUGAACAAGUUCUAAA